AUGGCAAAGUGGCUGAAAGACUACCUGAGCUUUGGCAGGAAGGUGCCUCCACAGCCGCCCACGCCAGACUACACAGAGAGCGAGAUCCUUAAAGCCUACCGGCUCCAGAGGGACCUGGACUUCGAAGAUCCAUAUGAGGAGUCCGAAAACAGGUCCAGGGGCGAGUCUGGGACUUCUGAACCUGCCACCCCUGUGUAUGGGUCUCCCAUGAAGUCCUCUAGUGUGGACGUGAAAUCUCCCAAACACAGACUAAUUAAAGUGGACUCCCAGGAGCUGGGGCGCACCAAGAUCCUCCUCAGUGCCAUAUCCUUAGAGGACCAGCAAGAACCUGUGGUGCCGUCUGCUCCGCUGGCAGGGGACACAGAUUACUCCGAUCCAUUCGAUGCUCGCUUGGACCACCGACUAGAACCAGAUCUGGGACCUGUUCCCUGCGAGAACAACGGCUACAUGGAACCAUAUGAGGCCCAGAGAGUCAUAACAGAGCUGCAGCGUGGCCCUGGAGGAGGAUGGGCACGUGGCGGGGUGCAGCUUUAUGACACCCCCUACGAAGAUGAGCGAGGCCAGCGCCUUGGCUUUGUGCAUGGAGAACCUCAGGAGGAGGGCAAAGAGAGCAGCAGGCUGCCACAAGAUGACGAAAGACCAGCUGAUGAGUACGACCAACCCUGGGAGUGGAAAAAGGACCACAUUUCCAAAGCUUUUGCAGUGCAGUUUGAUGGCGCAGAGUGGGACCGUUCUUCAUCGCCCACAGAGCGGUUGCGCCCUCCGGGGCCCAGGUCCAGCCCACUGGCAGGAGGGGGAAUGAAAUUUCGAAUGCCACAGGAAGGCCUUGCUUUGGUGGGGGAGAGAGUGGACCCCACACUGCCUCUGGAGAAGCAGGUAUGGUACCACGGUUCACUGUCACGUUCGGAGGCAGAGUCCCUGCUAACGUUGUGUAAAGAGUGUAGCUACCUUGUGAGGAACAGUCAGACCAACCGCUCCGACUACUCCCUGUCCCUACGGAGCUGUCAGGGUUUCAUGCACAUGAAGUUCACACAAUAUAAAGAUGGCAAGUAUGUGCUGGGACAGAACAGCCCGCCCUUUGACUCCAUCCCAGAGGUCAUCCACUUCUACACUACACACAAACUCCCAAUCCGAGGUGCUGAGCACCUCUCCCUGCUGUUCCCUGUACUGGUGCAGACACUCUGACUGACCCGGACGCUCUUCCUGGACCUUUCAGGAUUUUCAUCGUGAUUGGACUCUUAAAACUUGAAUGUUUGACAGGAUCUUCCCAGUGGAGAGUCGGUGCUCUCUUCUUUUUCAACUGGACUACUUUUGAUGAUUCAACACACCGUUGGACUAAUGCCCUCACCCACCACUGCUGUUGUACUUGUGCCAAAUGUCUCCAACAUCCGGAGGGAUCGAUUCACAUGAAAUGCAAUACCUGAAUUCUAGGCCACCUGUGCUAGAACUCCUCUCUCUCAUCUCCUUGCUGAACCAAUUGGGUUGACUUCAGGAUAUCUGAAAUUGUCCCUUUCCUUUCUACAUUUCUUUCUGACUGGAAUGCAAAGGAAGUUAGUAUACCUAUAUCUGGAAGAAAGUCCACAUAUUCUAAACAUAACCCCAGUUUACAUAAAAACUUGCAGAAGAUUGAGAUUAAAUGACUGCUGUUUCAAACAAAUACAUCUCAUUGACACUGAUAAAAUAUUACUGUUGUUGGGUUAAAACCUUGCAAUAUUUUACUGAUUUUUCACAUUUCUACCAGAAACAAUAACUUGAAUUGUACCGUAAAGAAUGAGAAACAUUCUUUCACUCCUGGACUUGGGAAAUCCUUUUAUAAAGGUUGGAAAAUGAUUUGCAACAAUGCUAUUUUUGAAGAUACAAGGUUUUUCCAACAGCAGUGAUAUUUCAGAUGCUUUUCUACACAAAGCCACACCUGUACUGUACUGUAGUCUGCUCUGUUGAUUUUCUUCCAGUCUGUACUGUACUGUCAUGCUGCUGUAUGUUGAGGAUUUGCUCGACACACCUCUCCAUGUUACUUGUUGAUUGUUUGUCGUAAGCAACAGAGAAGCUGUUAUAUUGGUACUAGUAUUGACCUUGCUGACCUGUAUCUCUUGUUGGCUGACUACAUUGCAUUUGGUAGACAAUGCUGGGUUUGUAAAAAAGAACCUGUCACUGCUGUCAUUGUCUUUUCACUGACUGAUGGUUAAGCUCGGAAGCUGAGCUGCAGGCUACAUUUGGAGCUGAGGGAUGCUAAUCAGGAAACGGAUCACUCUGACAAACUCUCAAGCUUUGCAAAUCUAGGCCACAUUCUCACACCUACACAUUUGAUCACAGAUUUUUCUUUUUCAGCUGGCCAAAUGAUUACAUGCUGGUUGGUGAGUUGUAUUUGAGUUCAAUUCUUGCCAUCUGGCAUGUGUGCCCAUGUCUGCUGCCUGGUUGCAGUGUUGUGUCUGACCAAUUCUAAAAAAUUGCAAAAAUGAUUUGGAUCGUUUUUCAAGCAAAAACCUUUUAUUG